GGAUGUUCUUCAUAGCAUCACGUGAAGGUCAACUCCCACCAGUUUUAUCCAUGAUCCACCUGCGUAGACACACACCACUGGCAGCUGUCUUCAUUCUAUAUCCCAUGACCAUGCUCCAGCUGUUUGUGGGGGACAUCUACAGCCUUCUGAACUUCAUGAGCUUCAUGCGCUGGCUCUUCAUUGGUGUGGUGGUGUUGGGUUUAAUUUACCUCCGCUACACCAAGCCCGACUUGCCCCGCCCCUUUAAGGUGCCCCUCCUCAUCCCAGUGGUGUUCUGCAUCACCUCCUUCUUCAUGGUCUUCCUGUCUCUGUAUUCAGACCCGCUGAACACAGGCAUUGGAUUUGCCAUUUCCCUCACCGGCGUCCCCGCCUACUACGUCUUCAUCCACUUCAACAACAGGCCCAUGUGGCUGCAGAGGGCCUUAGACUCCUUUAACAGAACUUUGCAGAUUCUGCUGGAGGUCAUCCCUGCUGAACAAUAAGAACACACCACCAACAGCAGCAGCAGCAGCAGCAGCAGCAGCUAACCCUAACCCUAACCCUAACCCAGCAGCAGCACACCCACGGUUUCGGGCUUGAGUUCAUGUCUGGUAUUUGUUAAUAAAUAAAUAAAU